GCCGUGUUCGCUCAGAGUUCACGUGAAUCCAAGUCGGUAUUAUUAGUAGUACUUGAAAAAGACUUUGAUUUUAUUUUACUAUCAGCAUUCUUGGACACCUACAAAACAAUCCCAGCAGCCGCCUUAAGCCUAUUUAAUUUGAUACUUACAGUUCUGAGUAAUACGUUUGUGAAAAACCUCGUGCAUCUUCGAAUAAGUUGCUAUUUAGUACACCAAUAUAACUUUUAUAUAUAUUAGUGAUCUAGAAAUCUGCACUCGGCCCCGUUUGGUCAACUCCGAUCAAAAUAUGAGCUGUGUGAAGGAAGAAACUCGAAGUGCAUCUCCUCAUUGCCCAAAACCAGAUGAGUCUGAGGAGCCACUUGGUACCACCAUGGAAACUGCACAUGGUGCUGAUGUGAAGUCUGACAGUGUAAUGUCUGAAGUGGUCAUCACCAAGGAAAUGGAGGAUGAAGAAAAGCAAUUGAUGGAGGAGGGACAGAGGAAAGAAAAGGAAUUGAUAGAAAAGGCCCGGGAGUCCUGGCAAAAGGAUUCUCAUGAACUGCGUUACAAAAGGCUGCAGCAUUUGCUCCAGAAGAGCAACAUCUACUCUAAGUUUCUGCUGACGAAAAUGGAACAACAACAGAAUGAGGAGAAACUCAAGAAAGAGAAACUUGAAAAGAAAGCUAAGAAGCACAUUGACACUACAGCACCUGACAAAGAUAAAAAGAAGCGAAGGAGGGAUGAUGACUACAAAAUUGCUGAUGUCAUGUCAAAAGAGGAAAUCAUGUCGCAGGCUAAGAAAGCAAAAACUGAGGAAGCGAAUGAGACUUUGACCCAGAGGAAACUGGAAGCUGAGGAUAUUGAGAGAAUGAGCGAUUCCAACCAAGACAUAAAGAAUCGCUUGUCUGAGACGGUACGAGACAACGCCAAGCAUCUUUUGCAUCCAGACAGGAAGGUGAAUGGGAAGCCAGUGCCUCUUCAGCAGCCACUGUUGUUCACUGGAGGCAUCAUGAGGUGGUACCAGAUCGAGGGCAUUGAAUGGCUCAGGAUGUUGUGGGAGAAUGGCAUCAAUGGGAUCCUGGCUGAUGAGAUGGGACUUGGAAAAACCAUCCAGUGUAUCGCCCACAUUGCCAUGAUGAUAGAGAAGAAGGUGAUGGGCCCCUUCCUGGUGGUAGCCCCUCUCUCUACUCUGCCCAACUGGAUCAGUGAAUUUAAGCGCUUUACACCAGAGGUGUCUGUGCUGCUUUACCACGGCCCCCAAGAAGAGAGGUCCAAGAUGCUGAAGCAGAUCCGCAGAACUCAGGGGUCCCUCAACAUGUGUCCUGUGGUCAUCACCUCAUUUGAGAUCUCCAUGAUUGACAGAAAGUUUCUACAGCGUUUUCAGUGGAAGUACCUUAUAGUGGAUGAAGGCCACAGGAUCAAAAACCUCAAUUGUCGGUUGGUGCGGGAGCUAAAGAUGAUGCCCACCGACAAUAAGCUCCUGCUGACAGGAACACCACUGCAGAACAAUCUGGCUGAGCUCUGGUCCCUGCUCAACUUCCUAUUGCCUGAGGUGUUCGAUGACCUGAAGAGCUUUGAAUCAUGGUUUGACAUAGAUUCCCUGGGUGUAGCAGAGAGUGUGGUGGCUGCUGAGCGUGAGCAGAACAUCCUGAGCAUGCUACACCAGAUUUUGACCCCGUUCCUGCUCAGAAGGUUGAAGUCAGAUGUGACAUUGGAGGUUCCUCCAAAGAAGGAGCUCAUUGUUUAUGCUCCCCUGACCUCCAAACAGGAAGCUUUUUACACCGCUGUGGUUAACAAGACCAUUGGCAAGAUGCUGGGACAGGAAAAGACUGAGGAACCAGUCAUAAUGUCCAAGGGUAGGCCAAAACGCAGGAGUCGGAAGUGGGUGGACUACAGUGAAAAUGAUGGAAAUUCACUUGAUGGCUUGGAAAAAUAUCUGGAGAAAGUCCGCAAGGAACAGGAGGAGAGGGAGAGCUCGUCUGCAGCUGUGGAUGUCCAGAGGCCACAGGAUGCUCAGAUCAACCUGAAGCAGCAGAACAUUCUCAUGUUGCUAAAGAGAUGCUGUAACCAUCCGUACCUGGUCGAGUACCCCCUUGAUCCGGCCACGCAGGAAUUUAAGAUAGAUGAGCAGCUGGUGCAGAGUUCUGGGAAGUUCCUCAUACUGGACAGACUGCUGCCUGCCCUGAAGAAAAGGGGACACAAGGUCCUGAUCUUCAGUCAGAUGACGUCCAUUUUGGAUCUUUUGAUGGAUUACUGCUACCUCCGAGGCUUCCAGUACAGUCGCCUGGAUGGCACCAUGUCCUACACUGACAGAGAGGAAAAUAUGACCAAGUUUGCCAAAGAUCCUGAGGUGUUCAUCUUCCUGCUGAGCACGAGGGCUGGUGGCCUUGGAAUCAACCUGACAUCUGCAGACACAGUCAUCAUCUUUGACAGUGAUUGGAACCCACAGGCAGACCUGCAGGCACAGGACCGCUGCCACCGCAUCGGACAAACCAAACCUGUGGUGGUGUAUCGCCUGAUCACCGCCAACACCAUUGACCAGCAUAUCCUGGAGAGGGCGUCAGCUAAAAGGAAGCUGGAACAGAUGGUCAUCCACAAGAAUAAGUUCAAAGGUGAGAAGUCUGAGCUGAACCAGAGUAAAAGCUGCAUUGAUCUGGGUGAACUGAUGGAGCUUCUUAAAGCCAGAGGCACCGAAAAGAAGAUGAAAUCCUCAAAGGGAAAAGUGAUCAGUGACAAGGACCUGGAGAUUUUGUUGGAUCGUAGUGACCUGCUAGAUAAAGAAAAGGUGACAGUAAAUAAGGAGAAGGUGGGAGUCUUCAGAGUGAUUGACACCAGUGAGUCGUCAGAGAUCACGCUGAGCUGAGAACACUUAAAAUGUGGAAUCUCAACGUUCGGCAAUAUUCCUUCAAAAACAAAGCUAGGUUAUGACCAAUAACUGCUGUCAUUGUGGUAGACACAGACUGGAUCUAGACUGAAAAUAUGAUAUUUUUGUCUUUUAUUGUCCUACUGUCAGGAUUUUUGUUUAUUAGCUUUUUUUUUUCCAAGUUGAACAUAGUCUGUGGAGUGUAUUUACUAUUACAUAUCCAAGUAUCUGAUGGUUCGUGCUGUUUUGGAAUAGGACAAUAUUUUGACCAAUUUGAAGCUUACAGAUAACUGAUUAUGAUUUACCCUGGUUUUUAAACACGGUUAUUUCCUUGCUGUUGAACAGACUCUGAUGGCCUCUAGACUAGGAUAAGACAGUGAUUUGGUAGUGAAACUCAGAACAAUAUACAAACACCAGCAUGUCUUAUACAGUUCAACUUAUGACUGAUAAUGCAUCUGUGCCAUGAUGCUACAUGGCACAGAUUUAUUUCCAAUCAAAACUGAUGUGGUAGAUUUUCAAACUUUAAAUAAAUGCUCUGUUUUCUGAGAAAUCUUUUGCCGUUUUCAUUCACACAGUAAGGUUCGUCUUUGUUUUUUGAUGCAGUUCUUUUUGGUGAACCACUAUUAUAAUUAAAGCACUUUGAUACCAGUGGAGCAUACAUGUUCUCUUCUGUUUUUUCUUUUUACAAAUAAACCAAGUUACA